UCUCCAGAGAGAAAAUGCCAGAGUGAAACUGUCGGCAGCGGAGAGUAGAGUUGCCGUACAUUUGUUAACGCUAGAGAGAGAAAGAGAGAGGGGGAAACCCCCAAAACUUAUCACGUAUACGAACCAGUAGAGUUUCGAAUUUCUAAUCUUCACUUACAGUGUUGGAGAAGGAGGAGAAGAAGACGAAGAUGAUAAGGAAACGAUUAAGUUUUAAUGGCGGAUUAAGCGAGAGCUCGACAACGACGUCAACGUCAAAGGAGGAAGAAACCAAGUGGGAGAUGCGGCCAGGAGGAAUGCUCGUUCAGAAACGAGGCGAGAAAGCCGAUUUUUCUGCUCCAAUCCUGCGGCUAAGGAUAUCCUACGGCGCUCUCCGUUACGAGAUCUCGAUUAAUUCUCAAGCAACUAUAGGGGAACUGAAGAAGCUUUUAGCGGCGGAGACGGGAUUGCAACCGGCGGAGCAGAGUGUGUUGUACAGAGGGAGAAAGAGAGAGAACGGAGAGUACUUGGACAUGUGUGGUAUGAAAGACCGAUCCAAGUUGGUUCUGGUUGAAGAUCCGGCGAGUAAAGAGAAGAGAUUCCUGGAGAUGCGUAGGAAUGCGAAGAUCCAGACAGCUCAUCGCGCCAUCUCCGACGUUUCCAUGGAAGUUGACAAGUUAUCUGAUCAGGUUUCUGCUAUUGACAAGUCAAUUGGAAAUGGGAUUAAAGUGCCAGAAGUUCAAAUAACAACUUUGAUUGAGAUGCUGAUGAGACAAGCAAUCAAACUAGAUAGUAUCUCCACAGAAGGAGAUACCUCUGCCCAAAAGAAUUUGCAGAGCAAGAGAGUGCAAAAGUGUGUUGAAACCCUAGAUGUGCUCAAGAUCUCAAAUGCAAGAGUAAAGCCUGUAGUCGUCACUACCAAAUGGGAGACCUUUGAUCCUCCAACUACAACUCAAUGGGAAUUUUUUGAUUGAUCUUUCUCUUCUUCACUUUCCCCAUUCAUUUUCUGUACUUAUUGUGAGAAAACUUAAAACAAGUUAUUUUAGUUGUUCUCUAUAGUCUAUAGUCUAUUGUCCUCUUAACAAGCUGGCCAAAUAAACAUAUUCUCUGCUUGAUUGGUUGGAAGAAUGGAAGCUUUAAUGAAGACUUCACCAUUUGCAA